UGUAACAUGAGGUUCAUGUAAGUUUAUAGCAGUUCAUAUGCAAACCACCUCUCAGUACAGUUAACUUCCAAACAGUAUUUAGCUUGCAAUGAAAUACCUAAAUGUGAACCAUACUUAAAACUGAAAUAUGUGCUAGAAUACUUUGAGGUCGUCAGCUUUUACUAAGUUACUUUUAUUAACCUAAGGAGUUUACCAGAACAAAGGAUGUGUCAAGCUGAAUAGUUUGCAAAGGAGGUACUUCAGAUGUUUUAGACUACAAGUCAGUAAACUUUGCUUAUGCAGCUGGCUCCAUUCAUUCUCUGAAGCCAAUCAUUUCCCCUGUGGUGGCUGAUAAGAAUUUAACGGCUUGAGAAGGUGGAGUGUCAGCAUCCUUAGUGCUAAACACAUUCCCAGGCAUAUCAGUAGCCUCUGUCCAUCACCCAUGCUGGAAGCUAUUUGGAAAAGGAGAAAUAGAAAUCAGGGAGGGGAAAUCAUGCAUCAUCAUCCUGGCUGGAAUGUACAGAAGACUUUAUGCUGUUUUCAUCAUGUGGAUUCACUAGAGAAAUGACCACCUUUGAUCAGCCAAGUAAAAUAAAAAACUUGUUUAUUUGCUGCCUGUGCACCCCACGGGUGCUGAGGCUCUGGACUUGCAGGCGCCCAAGGACAAGGAGGAAUCUGCUAGUGGGCACCGCAUGUGUGAUCUACCUGGGAUUCCUCAUCAGUCAAGUGGGUCAUGUUUUACCCCAGCACAAAGGAGGACAUCAAAAGAUCAGUUCCAGAAGUCUCCAAGAUGCAGCCCAAACUCCUCUUCUGGGCAUCCCACUGGAUGGCACCCUGUCACCACCCAAUUUCCAGGAACCCCAGCUUGGUAGCAAUGGGACCUUGCUGCCACCCAAUGUAGUUUAUAUCACCCUGCGGUCCAAGCGCAGCAAGCCUGCCAAUAUCAGAGGAACAGUGAAGCCAAAGCGCAGGAAGAAACAUGCAACCCCUUUGUCCUACGGGCAGCGCUUUCCAAAAGCCACUUUUAUGAGCCGGGAAGAGGCCUUUGCCCAACAGCCAGGGAGGGCAACGCAUGCCACAGGCACAAUGGGAGCAGCAAUAGCUCUGGAGGCAAGAAAGCAUCAGCUGGAUGAAGACAGGCAUAAAGGAAUGGCAGUCAGGGAGAGAGGUCACUGGAGACCUGGGGGGAUUUCUGGAGCUAUAAAGGCACAGCCCCAGCCUGAGGAAAGCAAUAUCAGGAUUUACAGUGAGAGCUCUCCCUCUUGGCUGAGCAAAGACGACAUCCUAAACAUGCGCAUGCUGGCAGAUUCUCAGAUAGAGAGCAUCCAAGAAGUACCUUCUCACAAAGCAGCCCUGGUAGUAUUUGCGAGAGGUCCCAGCACCACAGGAGCUGCUUGUAAUCAGGGACGCUGUGGCAUCGUCAAAAGACCCCUCGAUAUGAGCGAGGUGUUUGCCUUUCAUUUGGAUAGGAUCUUGGGGCUAAACAGGAGCUUACCUUCUGUAAGCAGGAGAUCGGAGUUCUUCCAAGAUGGUCAAGCCUGUCCUGUUAUUCUCUGGGAUUCCUCACUGAGUCCAACAGAUGAUAAUACCCAUUCAUCAGUGAGAUUAACCUGGGGGCAAUAUCAGCAGCUAUUGAAGCAGAAAUGCUGGCAGAAUGGUAAAGUUCCCAAAGCUGAGUGGGGCUGUACUGAAAUCCAUCAUCAUGAGUGGUCCAAGAUGGCACUCUUUGAUUUUCUUCUGCAGAUCUAUAAUCGACUAGACAGAAACUGCUGUGGAUUCAAACCUCUCAAGGAGGAUUCCUGCAUGCAGCAAGGACUGAAGCCGAAAUGCAGUGAUCAGGAUGCUGUUGACCUGACACACAUAGUUCAGAGAAGGCGUGACCGAAGGCACUUGGCCUUUAUAGACAAUAAGGGUUUCUUUGACAGAAACGAGGACAAUCUUGACUUCAAAAUACUACAAGGAAUCAAUGAAUUCCCUGAAUCUGCAGUUUCAGUGCUGAGGAGCCAGCGUUUACGUGAGAAGUUGCUUCAGUCUUUGUUCCUUGACAAAAUAUACUGGGAGAGCCAAGGAGGCAGAAAAGGAAUUGAAAAGCUUAUUGAUGUAAUAGAAAGGAGGUCCAAAAUUCUUCUUACUUACAUAAAUGCACAUGGAGCCAAAGUAUUGCCCAUGAAUGAAUGAAGCAGUCUUGUUUCUAUCUGAGAGAUAGUCUUCAAAAAAUAUGUAUGAGGCAAAAACUGACAGUAAAAUUGAUUUAAUUCAUAAUAAAAUACUUCAGGCUUAUUUAAUUUUUAUUUUUUCCCAACUUUCAAGUUUAUUUUUAAAUAAGAAAUCUUACAUGGUUUAAAAGCAACAUUUAAAUGUCAGCUGCAGCUCAACACAGUGCAGUCUAUUCUAUGUCACCAGUGAAAUGAAAUGAAAAACAACCAAAUGGUACAAUAAAUAAUGUAGUAAUGUGUAGGUACCAUGAACACUCCUUCUGUUAAACUGUUUGAAAAUUAGCAACAGGAUUUUCAGUACAUUAGGCUGGAUUACUCUUACUUCCCUCACUGAAGUCAGUAAAAACUUUAUUGCAAAUUUAAAUGGGAACAGAGAUUUGUAAGCACUUAAUACAUUGAUGAAAACUGUCAUCGCAUCUACCUGUUGAAACAUAUCUACCAUGGGAAUUUGUUUUGUUGCUUAUGAAUACUAAAAGGCCGCCAUUUCUAAGGGCUUCUUUUGGUUCAUUUUAUUUUGAUCUUUUGAAAUCUGAGGACUAAAUUCAGCUCUUUUAAAUGCAGAGGUGUUUGUACUGGACAUGAGGGAAAUUUAAAAACAGAGUGAGGAGAACAUGGGUUUAACAUAAUAAUUAAUUUGACAAAUCCAGUUUCCACCUCUCCAGUAUGGAGUACAAUUCGUCAUGAGUCACUUGUUACAAUGUACUAUUUUCAGUACAGCUUGUUUUGAUGUGUGGGUGGAUGAUCUGAUACUUUCUGUCUAUUGGUUAACUCGGUGUUACUCACAGAAUUGUCCUUUAUUACCACUUUUUAAAAAAGAAAUUCAGCUUUAGCUUUGUAUGAAUAUGCUGCUAAAUAAGUGAACAUGUUUUGGUUUUGCAAUAUGCUUGACAAUAUUUUUUUAGAAUAUUAUCAAAAAGCAGACCUACUAAGGACGUGAGUGUUGUCAAACUCGGCACAGAAGAUGUUUGUGCUGCGUGCUUAGCUCUAGCCAGCAAUUCAGGCUCUGGUUUUCCAUUAAGAUUGACCACUGUGGGGUGAUGAUUCUAGCUGAUGGCUCGCCCCAAGUAUUCCCACAGGUAAGGUUGUUAGAGAAGGUUGAAUAUGCACUUUGGAUUCUUAACCUUCAUCUGCUCCAGAAAUAAAAUAUCAACUGAUAUAGUCUAUCAUGACAUAUACCUUCUACCUAUCUGUUUAGAAAGACUCUUACUAUCUUUCCAGAGAAAUAUCUAUUAUCUUCUUGCCAUGAGAUAAUGGCAGAAGUUGAAUACUUUCAUAGCUACUCAUGUCUUUAUGUAUAGUAAAAAAAUAUAGAGUGUAUAAGAUUUUAAAAUAUUUUUGAAAGUGCUUGUGUAAUGGUAUGAGAAGCUAAAAUGUUUCAUGUUGAUGUUAAUGUGGAUGGGUGAAUUUAAUGUUUUAAAUAACUACAAUUCCACUGCAGCUAAAACAGAUUUUCUUUCUUAGUAUCAGAACAGCUAUUAACAAUAAUUGCAUUACUGGAAGAAAUAGAUCUAGUUAUAGGCAGAGUUAAAGAUACAUAGUAAAAUUUUAAGAGCUUGGCCAUCUAAAUAAUCUUUUAUUUUAUUCUGUCAGCAAAGGGCAGACAAAUUUGUAAAAACUUCCUAGAACUUAACUAUUGCCUUGAGAGGACACAUUUUAGGGUGCCUUGGACUUUUUAAUAGCACCAAAGUGGAAUUUUACAGGAUUUUCAUAUUAUCCCUUUCUUAAAAUGUUGUAAAUUAUUAGCUGGGUAAUUUCUAUCACAGAAACAAAAAUAUUACUGUAGCUUGCACUGUGAACAGAGCCUAGAGAAAGAAAUAAUCCUCUGGAUCCAUUUCACAUGGAAUUCCUGUUGCAGUAAAUUCCACUCCUUGAUGACCAUUAUGAUCAAUUUGUCUCAUUUUCUAGCCUAUCUCACAGUUUUCUUCCUGCUAGAUACCUGUUCAAAUGGAUUAUCACACACUGCUGUGAGUGAGAGAAAGGCAUGACUCUCAGCUGCACUGAACUUAGAAGAGGGCCAAGUGGAGAUACAAGAGUGUACCUGAUCAUGAACAAAAGUCCCAUAAGAACUCUGUCUUCUAGCUUCUCCUCUUCUGUCUUUAGACUGCACAUCCUGAUGCCAAGUCAUUUCCCCACAUUGCCCAGUUGUAUUUUUUUCCAGAAUUGACUCAUUUCCCAAGAAGAGAAAGAAAUCAGAAGUCAGGAUUUUUUUAUCUUUCCAGGUUAGGUCAUUUAUUUUUAUGGUGAUAACUUGGUGCAUUCUUCUCCAUUUCUUCUGGACAUGGACUAGUGUUUCCUUGAGCAUGAUGCAUGCUUUUUUAUUUGCCUGGCAGUUCAGUGCCAGCUCUUAAAGGAGCAAUGUAUUUGCCAACUAGUAAGUAAUUGCCCUGAAGCUGACCUGGAGCACUGUGUCUCAGUAGUCCUGAGUUUAGGAGGUCCAAGUAGUCAUGAUGCUGUGCAGUACUUAAAAAUUUGACCAAGCAUGAAAAGCAUAACUGUAAAGAGCAGAUUUUCUGGAGACAAAUCCUGCAGAUGAAUGCCCUUAGGAAAUGAAUGCUGUUUUUUACUAGACAUUUUUGAUGGCAGAGGCAUACAGAUGAAGUUGUCAUUAGAGCUAAUCUGCAUGGUGAAACAAUAGUUAGAUUUACAUAGAAAGUGCAAGGGGAAGAAUAGGUGUAUCUCCCCGUGCUGUCCAGUAUGGACCAGACAGGCACAUGAAGGCACUGUCUUCUCACAACUGCUGCAGGGACCAGUGAGUCCAGAGCGAAUGGCCAAGGCAGACUGAGCUGUGCCAUUGCUGCACACAUUACACUUUCGAAGGGCAAAGAAACAAUUCUUUCUCUGAAAGUCUGAAUUUGGGUCUAGGGCAAGGUGUUCUGCAGCCUGCUCUCACCUUGCAAUGGUGCCUUAGCAUUGCACUGCGCGUAGCUGGAGGCCUUGCUUUCUAUGCUGUGUUAACAUGCCAUAUUUCUUAUGUGUACAAACACUCUCAUAGGCUUCAGGGAAGUCAGGAGAGGCUUUAUGAGCUUGAGCAGUGGGACUGGACUGUAAAUUGCUUCUAAUUCUCUAAUGUUGAUAACAAACUCUGGAAGAUGCCUUUUCUCCAUAAUGUUUAUCCUGUUGCUGUGGAGCUUGGUACUUGAAUCCAGUAUUGUUAAUCAUACAAAGUAUGAUUGCGGUAGUGCUUAUGAGUACAUACUAGCCCAGUUCUAGAGUUUUUUUACAAAAAUGAGGAAUUCUGUAUUUUUGAGUGCAUUUGCAUAAAUGCUCCAGUAAAAAAUACAAAAGAAGCACUUUGCAGAACUUGUUUAUUCACUGCUAGUACAUUCAAUAUAUCUGCUCUCCCUUCAGUAACAGGAGUAAAGUUUAUUCGGAAAUCAGUCCACUUCCUUUUAAGACAGCAUGACGUUGGACUGACUGACAUUCCUGCACUGGAGCCUAAGUAAUAUUAACCAAUAGGAAAAAACCCAAAGAAGACUUACUCUACCUAUGGUGGUGAUGGACAGAAAGCCAAGAAACUGUGUUUUAGUCAUCUUUGCUGGGCUGUCUUCCAUUUAUGGGCAUAUGGGAUCAGACAAAGAUUCAUGUUGCACAUUACUCAGAAGGGCGUAACCAACGGCAACAGUCCAAAACCUGUGGGUGGGAAAAGACGAUUAUGUCAUUCUUGAAUCUGCCUGAAAGGCAGAACCACAUGAAAUGGAAUUACUAAGAAAGUCAAGAGAGUUUGGUGAUUUCAUAACAUUGGAAGACAGAGUUAAAAAUAAAUAGCACAGGCACAGAUGCCUUAAAAAUCCUCGGGAGCCUGCCAGCAAGUUAAUAAUCUUAAAUGUUUCAGAAGCUGAGGACAUGAAAACUUUUGUGGAGCACUGUGAGAGCAGUUUCCUUCUUUUUUUGUGGGUGUAUUCUAUAAUGCACUAUAUUAAAGAAAGAUAAAUUCCAUGGUUUCAAAUGAGCAAAUACAGAUUUAGGGUACAUUAAGGGACAAGCUUCCAGUAGCAAUUCUGGGAACACUUUCAUGCAUGUGUGAGUAUGCGAACACAAACAUACAUGUAUAUGUAUAUAUACUUUGGCUUGUUUCUAUAAAAUGGUCACUUUGGCUAAUAAAGAGUUGUUUAUACAAUUUGCUGUUUACAUGUAGAAUUGUAUUUGUGAGUAUAAGUCCAAUUUCGGGUAUACACAAGUUGAAGUUUAAACAAAACUUUAUUAUGGAUGAAACUUUUGUUCUCAAAGGAUUAACUCUUCCCUUGCUAACACAUUUAUAUAAUCUUAAAAGUUUUCUACUUACAAUUGUAGAGAAAAACAGCAAUAUGUUUGUAUCUAUCUGAGCUAAACUGCCAGUGAUAUCAACUCAGAUGUUUUUAUUGAGUUUUAUAUUAGAUAUUGAAUUUCCAUUUUCUUUUGGAAUUUGUGCAUUUUAAAAGUCAAUUUAUUUGUCCUUUUAUUAGUAACAGUAAAAGUGUUAUCACAAGUAAUGAAUUGUUUGAAUAUCUGCUGCUAUUGUCAUAUAAUGUCCAGGAAUAUAUAAAAUAAAAUAAUAUCUUAAUCAGA